AUGUUCAACUGGGCAAAGCAACAGCUGGCCAAUGUGGCCGGGACACAAGAGCCCAUCUAUGGCCCUUCAGCCAUCCGAUCGGUCGCCGAAGAGGCUAAGACCACCAAAUAUACGGAGCUCACUAGAGAUGAUCUGAAAUGGCAGCGCAUGGAUUCGACGAAUGUCGAGACCGAGACCUUCUACCUCACCUCUGACAAUGGCCAUGUCGCCAUGGCCCAGGUCAUUUACAGCAACGUUGCUGGUAUUCGAGUCACCGCCCAGUUCAACGUCAAGAUCUUCUCCAGCGACCCUGCGAAACCACACCUGUGGUGUUCCACCCCUCUGAACAACAUCAGCUUCAGCGAGGAUAACGCCAGUUUCUACGCCGAUGACUGUGCCCUCGAGUUCUCCGAGGAUGGCACCUACUAUACUAUCAAGAGCCACAACGACGAGCGGGCCGUUGUCAACCUCAAGAUCACCCGCCAAAGCCCGGGCUUCCAGGCGGGCAAGACGGGCAAGUCGCUCUUCGGAACCGACCUGGCACACCCCUGGGGCUCCAUGCGCCACGCCUUCUGGCCCCGAUGCGCCGCUACCGGCACCAUCACCACCAAGGAGGGCGAGAUUGACUUCACCGGCAAGGCCCUCUACAUUUACGCCAUCCAGGGCAUGAAGCCUCACCACGCUGCCGCGCGAUGGAACUUUGCAAACUUCCAGGGCCCUACCUUCUCCGCCGUCAUGAUGGAGUUCACGACGCCGCCUUCAUAUGGAGAGACUCUGGUGAAUGUCGGAGGUGUGGUUAAGAGCGAUGGGAUCAUCAUCGCUGGCUGCGACAACGAGGCCAAGCAUCUCAAGGCCAAGCAGGACUCCGAAAAUGACUGGCCCGAGCCUAGCGAAGUUCGUUUCUUCUGGAAGGGAACUACUAAGGAUGGAAAGGAUGUUGAAGCAGUCAUUGAAGGCCCUCUUGGAGACAGAACCGACCGCGUUGACGUCAUGGCCGAAGUGCCAGGUUUCGUGAAGAAGAUUGUGGCCGGAGCUGCCGGAACAAAGCCAUAUAUUUAUCAGUAUGCCCCCAAAGUCACGCUCAAGGUCAAGAUCGGAGACGAGGUGACCACUGAAGAGGGUCAGCUCUUCAGCGAAGCCACAUUCAUCGUGGAGUAA